ACGCGAGGCAAGCCUUUUUCGUGCCUGUCGGGCAACCACCAUCCCACGAGAAUGCGGGGGCGUCGUGACGAGAGCAUAUAUUCGACGUCGGGACGCUCCGGAGGCACAGACGCCACUCCAACUCUGUCCCGUGCACGAGCAUUAAAAUCGAAGAAGAAACAAAAUGUGUGACGACGAAGUAGCAGCCCUUGUUGUCGACAAUGGAUCCGGUAUGUGCAAGGCCGGUUUCGCCGGAGACGACGCCCCCCGCGCCGUCUUCCCAUCGAUCGUAGGUCGACCCAGACAUCAGGGUGUGAUGGUCGGUAUGGGUCAAAAGGACAGUUAUGUCGGCGACGAGGCUCAGAGCAAGAGAGGUAUCCUCACCUUGAAAUAUCCUAUCGAGCACGGUAUCAUCACCAAUUGGGAUGACAUGGAGAAGAUCUGGCACCACACCUUCUACAACGAACUCCGCGUUGCCCCCGAGGAACACCCCGUCCUCCUCACCGAGGCUCCCUUGAAUCCGAAAGCUAACCGCGAAAAGAUGACUCAGAUCAUGUUCGAGACCUUCAACAGUCCGGCCAUGUACGUCGCCAUCCAGGCCGUGCUGUCUCUGUACGCUUCCGGUCGUACCACCGGUAUCGUCCUGGACUCGGGAGACGGUGUCUCCCACACCGUGCCCAUCUACGAAGGCUACGCCCUUCCUCACGCCAUCCUCCGUCUGGACUUGGCCGGUCGCGAUUUGACCGACUACCUCAUGAAGAUCCUCACCGAAAGAGGCUACAGCUUCACCACCACUGCCGAGCGAGAAAUCGUCCGUGACAUCAAAGAGAAACUUUGCUACGUCGCUCUGGACUUCGAACAGGAAAUGGCCACCGCGGCCGCCAGCACCUCCCUCGAGAAGAGCUACGAGUUGCCCGAUGGACAGGUCAUCACCAUCGGUAACGAGAGGUUCCGUUGCCCAGAGGCUCUGUUCCAACCGUCCUUCCUGGGUAUGGAGUCCUGCGGUAUCCACGAGACCGUGUACAACUCCAUCAUGAAGUGCGACGUCGACAUCCGUAAGGAUCUGUACGCCAACAACGUACUGUCCGGUGGUACCACCAUGUACCCUGGUAUCGCCGAUCGUAUGCAGAAGGAAAUCACUGCUCUGGCCCCGUCCACCAUCAAGAUCAAGAUCAUCGCUCCCCCCGAGAGGAAGUACUCCGUAUGGAUCGGUGGAUCCAUCUUGGCUUCCCUGUCCACGUUCCAACAGAUGUGGAUCUCGAAACAGGAGUACGACGAGUCCGGCCCCGGCAUCGUUCACCGCAAGUGCUUCUAAGCAGUUAUGCUCGAUUCAAAUUAUUAUUAUUAUCGAUAUAUUGUUAUUGCUACACCUUUUCCCAAAAACACACCGUUCACUGCCGUACCGCUUCGUCUAGUUGCGUUUCCGUUAGUUCGUUUCUAUCGGCUUUGUUUC